GAGGCGGCGGCCAUGACGGGCUGCGCUGAGCGCGGGAGCGGCCCCGCGGCGCCCCCCGCCCGGCCGGGGCUCGGAGCCUUCCCGUGAGGGCGACCGAGCACCCUCCCUCCUCCGGCUUCUCGGGGCCGGCCGGGGCGAGGAGGAGGAGGGGCCGGGCGGACAUGGCUAGCCGCGAUAAGUGGGAACGCCUGAGGCCGCUGCAGCCGGACACGCUGCGUGUGAGUGAGCCACCAGUGAUCAACCUGAAUGUGCACAAAGAUGCACAGCUUGUGAAAAAAACUGUGGAAGUCAAAAGGCCACGAUUUGAUGCGUCCUUGGUGCUUUUGACACGAAGAUUUAUGGCUCUUCUCAAAAAAGCUCCAGACGGUGUUCUUGAUUUAAAUGAAGUAGCAACAACACUUGGAGUACGAAAACGAAGAGUGUAUGACAUCACCAAUGUGUUGGAUGGAAUCGAUUUAAUUCAGAAAAGAUCUAAAAAUCUUAUCCAGUGGAUAGGUUCUAAUCUUGACCAAGUUGUUGGAAAAGCACCAGAGCAGCAAAACCUUAAAGAUGAACUUUCUGACUUGUCAGCCAUGGAAGAAGCUCUGGAUGAAUUAAUCAACAAUUGUGCUCAUCAGAUAUUUGAACUAACAGAUGACAAAGAAAAUGCAAAACUAGCUUAUGUUACAUACCAAGAUAUCCGAAGCAUUCAGACAUUUCAAGAACAGAUUGUGAUUGCAAUCAAAGCUCCGGAGGAAACCAAAUUGGAAAUACCAGUUCCUAAAGAUGAUCACAUAGAAGUACAUGUGAAGAGCACAAAAGGACCCAUUGACGUGUAUCUAUGUGAGGUGGAAAAAGAGAAGCCAGGUGCCAAAACUUGUGAAGAUAUGGAUACUGUCACUUCUGAAACUGAACCAUCAGUUCCUCCUGAUGAAGUGAGAUCUCCGAGGGAAGAAAAAAACUUUUCUGAGAUGCCAGAUUAAUUACAACAUAAAAAUCCAAUACAGAGUGUAAAUACUGUGUUAUAGAACUUUUCCAAAGCUGCUCGAAUCUGCAAACUUCAUAACCUGAAACGUUCCAAAGUGUUUUAAAAAAAACAGCAGUUGGAUUGAUUCAGUGCUUUCAUAGGAUUACUUAUCUUACCAAGUCAAAAGACACAACAGUUCCUGGAAUUGCUUUUAGGAGCCUUGUUUUCAUAAUUGCAUGGGAUCUACAGAGCUUUGGGAAAAUUAUAAAGUAUUUUACCUUAUAAUUUUAAUUGACAAAAAACAUAGGUAAUUAAUUGCUUCUAAAAUUGAAGGUUGGAAAACUAUUCCUGGAACAGUCUACAAUCUGUGUGAGAAUGUAUAGAAUGAAGGAAUGCACUUUCAGUUCUGAGUUCUGCAUUACUAAGCAGGAUUGUCAAUUACAAAUUUAGCAAAGAAAUGGUGUAUAGGAAGCUUUUGCUAUAAGGAACAAGGUGUAAAUAUCCUGAGAGUUAUGCCUUACACUGUGUAGGUGCUGUUUGCAUUGUUUGCAUCCAGCUCUGCAUGAACUAUGGUAUCAACACUGAAGUGAAAUAAUUGGGCUUUGUGUACAUACCUGUAUUAUGUCUAGGUAGUUACUGAUGUAGAUUUAUUGAGAUAGUUUGCAUUUCUGCCUUUGUACAGCAAAGAAAUAAAAUAAGCUUACAAAAAUAUGAAAUAGUCUAAUAAAACACAUUGGGUUGCCUUUGUUGGAAUUCACUGUGUAACUGCAAACAUUUUAAAUUAUGUGAAAAUUUAAAAUCUGUUUUACAUGGUGCUGGCAGUUAACAGAUCUGCAUCUUGUGAUGCCACAAUCCCGUAGCAAUUUUCAGGAGAAAUGUUGUGAUCAAUAACUACUUAAGUUGGUCCAUUCCUGUUUCCAGAGUUUACAUAUGGCAGAGCUUCGGCUGAGUAUCAUGACGUCUUUGUGGCUCAGCUUGCAAAAAUACAUAAAAUACUUAUGGACUGUAUCUGUAUUCAUCCAGCUUUAGUAUCCAUAAAAUGAAACUGUGGAGUUUUGAUACUGGGUUUUCUAAUGAACUGUCACUAUACAAAUGCCAUGCUUGGACUCACUUCACUCCAGUACGGAAAAGUGACACCAUAGGUUUCGGGACUUUAAGGGGGUGCGUUGGCUGGUUUGUGUUUAAAUUGGAAGUCCAAGUCCUUGUUCUCCUGAUCUCACAGCAUCAACAACUCUGCAUCUACUCACAACUGGGAAAAAGUGUUGAUUCCCCUACACUGGUUCAACAACUCAGGACAACGUUUGCCAUAAAACAAAGCAGCACUAACAACUAAUACUGAAUGCUCUGUGUUACGGUGGGAUUUUAUUACAUGUUCAUAAAAUCCUAGAAUGGUUUGGGUUGGAAGGACCUUAAAGAUCAUCUAGUUCCAACCCCCCUGCUGUGGGCAGGACCACUUUCCACUAGAUCACAGAAUGAUCGCUUAAGUUGGAGAUGACCUCCAAGACCGUUGAGUCCAGCCUUAACUGUCAUGUUAACUAGGCCAUGGCACUAAGUGUCACGUCCAGUCGUUCCUUGAACACCUUCAGGGAUGGUAAAUCCACCGGUUCCCUGGUCAGUCUGUUCCAAUACUUAAAAACCUUUCAGUGAGGAAAUUCUUCAGAUGGCCAACCUGAACCUCCCCUGGCACAGCUUAAGGCUAUGUCCUUUUGUCCUUGUUCAAAACCCCAUCCAGCCUGGCUUUGAACACUUCCAGCCAUGGGGCAUCCACCACUUAUCUGGGCAUAAGUAUUCCUAAUAUUUAGGCUAAACCUACUCUCUUACCCAUUACUCUUUGUCUUAUCUGUGGAGUAAGGAAGUAUAUUUUUACAAAAUAACCAUCUUACAAAUGUUAAGGAAAUCUGUCUUCAAAAGCAGAACGUUAUUUAAAUGAAACAUUAGGAUUUUUCAUUUUGAACAAAUCUCUAGUGGCUGUUUUUCCUUCCUCAUAUGUACAGGUUUUCUAGCUGUAGAAUUCAUUUUUAACUACACAAUUGUCACAGUGAAAUAGGAGAAGCUGUAAUAUGACAAUUACACUAUAAUUAUUAAAUACAUCUGUUCUAAUAGUGCACCUCUAGUGAAACAAAUGGACUUUUGAAGAUUAAAACACUGUUGUUACUAUUUGGUUAUGUACAAUAUUAUCCACUUGCAACACUGGAAAACAAUGUACUGUGUAAGCUCAGUGCACUAACUAACUGAAAAGAUUUGACUUGGACUAGAGGAAAAAUUCCUGAGUGAUGCUGAACUUAAAUACGAGUUCACUUGCAAAUGUGAUAGGACUUUACUCUGAAUUUGUGUAAUAACGGUUGAUUUUUUUUUCUGAGAGGGUAUUAAGGUUAUUUUUGUUGAGCCCAUAUCUGUCCAUUUUCAAUAUAUUUGUGUGUGUAAGCAGCUCCCUUGGGUAAUUGAGGACCCUACAAUAAAAUUAAAAAGCUCCAA